CUACGCACCAAACUCUCGAUAUGUGCUGCUACCUCAGUCCGCCGCUGCUCUUGGCGGCUGCUGCUGCGGAGAUCCUCUAGGGAAAGACGUAUUGGUGAUGAGAGCAGGGAAGUGGUGGUGGCUUCUCGUUUCGAUUAGAGGGUUUAUUAGCUUUGGGUUUAGCUAUCUCUCUGCCAAGUUGCAAGAAGGUGGAGGGGAAUAAAUCCCUCUCUUGAUUGCCUGUAGGUAUGGAUUAAUUAGGUUAACGUUUUCAUUUACUAUUGGGAAUUUCAAGAACCGGGUGUGACAGAUUGUUUGGUUCUUUUUCGUUGAAUGAUUGGUUUUCUUCUUCUUUGUUGUUUUUAUUUUGAAUUUUGUUAUUUGGUGUAGUAUUUGAGUUUAAUUUGGGGUUUAAGUGCUUGAAAGACAAAUAAAUGAACUAAGGGCAUUGAAGUAAAUGUAAUUUAAUUAGGGCGACGAAUAAGAAAUUUUAGGGCGACGAAUAGCAAUGCCAAAAAUAAAGGAACUUUCCAAAAUUAUAAACAAGCUAAGUAUUAAUUAAUUAAUAUAUAUAUAAACGGAAAUCCCCAUUACUAUUCACAAACAAAAUUAUUUGGUUUGGCUUAAGCCCAUUAACAUUUAUGAUGGUUUUAUCUGUUUCUCCAAGUUUCGUCACCAAUUUAACUUGGAUAUAUGAAAAAAUUAUUAUAUUAUUUAUACAAUUAUAAAUUAUCUUAAUUUUCAUCUAAUAUAUGAGCAAUAACAUAUAAUAUUAUAACAAAUAAUAGUUCUUACUUGAAUAUAUUGGGAAAAAGACACAUUUCACAAACAAACAAAAAACGAUGUUGUGUGACCUACAAACCAAGAAUUUUGCUGCGAGUCGACCAGCAUGUGUGUGGCACACAUUUUUCACACCAGGUUAGAGUCAAAAUGGAUCAACCCAUAGAUAAACCCACGGAUUGACAAUCUUAAUCGAUAGAAAAUUUAAUAUAAGUAAUGUAAAUGCAAAAUUGAAGCUAAUGUUACCAUGGUCUCCCACCAUCUGCAACAUAGCGCAGUCAUUGUUCUAGUGAUCAUAUAUGUAAGAUAAGACUAGCCCAGUCAAUAGUCAACUUGUGCAGUGCAGUGGACUCUUAGUUACACUAUGUCAUAUGAAUGAACACGAACACAUUUUUUUCUUUAACAUAUCAAAGCUUAUUUUUAACAUAUAUAUACUAUAUCAUAUCUCUUUUUUUUUAUCAGAUCCAUAAUUAACAUUUUCCCAUAAGUUCAAGUAUUUGAGAUCAAUUGAUUUAUUACACGGUAUCAAAAUUGGUUUGAUCAAGGGGUCGUGUGUUCCAAUCUCCACGACUCACAAUUUAACACUUGAGUUGAUCACAAGGUGUGGUAGCCGGUAGGCAUGCGCGAACUUCAAGCAUGUGACUAGUCUUCAUUUGAACUUGGAAGGGUGUGGAGUAGUGGUAUGAAAUUCAUACCCAACAUUUUCCAACAACUCUCGAGUCAUUGACACCAAUUAGUUUAUGACAUUGUAAAAUAUUAAUUCCGUUUACAGAUGAAUUAGGAAUUAAGCAGUCAGAUGUACAACAAUAUUCAAUAUUUGGAUUGAAUAUAAAUAUAAUAUGACCAUAUCAAAGCAUGCAGUUCAAUCAAUUACUGGGUAACUUGAAAUAAGAAAACAAUUCAUUUAAUUGAAACAUGUUUUUUUUUUUUUUUUGGUAGGACGAGUUAUAAAUUUGUGGAUUUUGGAGCCUAUUAAUUGGAUGCUGGACUGCAUAAUUAUACAAAACCAAAACAAGUCAUUGUCACCAGGCGGCUGAAUUAAUUGACCUCUUAAACUUUUUCAAAGCAGAAUCAAUCGGCUACUCGUUCUUGUAUUAAUUAAUCAAUUCACAUAUUUUUCUAUUUGAAAGUGUUGAUUAAUAAUUAGUAGUUAAUUAACCUCACCAUGCAUGAUUUGUUAGGCAAGGAGGCCUAGAAACACUAUUAACUAAUUCCUCUUUUGCUUUAGUAACCCACCUUUCACCUUUGCAUUCAUUUUAAUUACAAUUUAAAUUAACUAAGAUAAAGAAAAAAGUAAUAUUACCAUUAAUCAAUUGUUUAUUUACUUAUGAGUAACUUUGUUUAAUUGGUUAUUACCCAUUAACAUUAUUGACAAAUACGUCCCAUCGGUAUCAUAUAAAUAUUCUACACUCUACUAGAAAAGAGUCAACUUUGGUGGUCAGGUCGGAAUAUAGUUAGGAGAGACAAUUUUACGUAAAAUCCGAUCAAUUAUUGUUUGGUUCCAUGUCGCUUUUGGGUUAGGUCAUGCACACAAAUCCUAGAAAACAAGACUGACUAAAACAAUUAAACAUGAAAUUUCAUAUUAAUAUUUAUGCAUUAUCUUAGUGUUUUUUUAGUUUAUUAUUACAUAGAAAGUAGUUAAGUUGGUCUGGGAUUAGGAGAAGGUUUCGAAUUGGUUAGUAGAGGAGAGUGAUUAGUUUUACAUCUAUAAAUAUGUACUUACUCUCUUAGUAAGAAAAAUCUAAUAACAGUUCAGUUUAUCGUUAUUUUCAUAUGCAUGGUGUUGGGCAUGUGACUCGGAUCGCACCCCACGGCAGAAGCACUAAGGAGUCGCGCCAAGGUUAAGCGCGCGAGCCAAGCAGAAGCACUAAGGAGUCGCGCCAAGGUUAAGCGCACGAGCCACGCCUGAAUCAAGCGUGCAGGCAAAAGCCACCCCUGAAGAGGCGCGCGCAAACACUGAGCGACGACGCUUGGGACAGACAUGGGCCCUGGUCGAGGAGUUGUAGAAGCGGCGUCGCGUCGUCCAACGGGUAGUCACCAUCACAGUCCUAGGUAUAGUCCUGCUAUGUCAGUAGUCACAUCAGGGUCCUAAAAGCAUGGCCUAAAUUCCUGACAUGUCAGUGGUCACAUCAUUGUGCCCACUUGUAACCCAACCACUCACCCACCAACAUGUAGCCUAUAAAUAUGGCAUUUACUCCGGUGGGUGAGGGGAUCGGAUUUUUCAGACUCUAUCUCUAAGAUCAUCAACUUCUCUCUCUAAGACCACUUCCAUUUUCCACUCUUCUCAUAAUCUCCAGAACCUCUCCAUAACAAUCGUUCCUCCAUUGCUUACUCCUCUUGACCCAUUUUCACGAGCCUCCCUUCUACACCCAGUUAGGCUCAAACAAUUGGCGCCCACCGUGGGGCCAAGUAUGUUGAGUAAUGUAACAUGGGCCUUGAGCCCACUUCCCAUAUGUAGCUCGGGUGUAUGGGAUUACUUAGACUGGCCGAGUAUUCUAGGGUUAGAGAGCUAGGGUUAAUUCUCUAGUUCUUGUAUAUAUAUGCUUGUAACCAGACUUGUCGGGGUUAAGCUGAAUAAUACGAUACUAUAGCUUCGGCCGUGGACUAGUCUCGUUCAUACUGAACGGGGAAACCACGUAACUCUCUGUGACGAUUUACGCUUUCUGUUUUGAUAUACCGUUGCGAUCAACAUGGUAUCAGAGCCUAUGUCUUCUGAACAGAUUACUGCACGUCUGAACUCCAAGAACUAUGCAGUCUGGGAGUUCCAGUUUCGGACGCUGAUUGAAGGGAAAGGGCUGAUGGGAUGGCUCGAUGGCUCCGUUCCGCGGCCAACGUCACCGCCCUCUUCGGCGCAGGAGGUUUCUCAAUGGGUGAUGAAUGAUGCAAAGGUUCGGCAUCAGCUCCUCAAUUCGGUGGAUGGCUCAAUUAUUUUGGGCCUUCGGAUGCUUCCAACUGCGGCAGCCAUGUGGACUUAUCUGGCCGAGACCUAUAGGACUGCUACUGCCUCUCGGCAGUUUGAGAUUGAGGUGGAACUGGCGCGGCUUCACCAAGGCAGCAUGGACGUGACGACAUACUACAACGAGGCUCGGAAUCUAUGGACCGAGCAGGACCUGGUCGCUGCGUCUCUUCUCACCCCAGCAGGCUCGGCGGAGGUUCGAGCUGAACGUGAGAGGCUGCAGCUGAUGCAGUUCCUCAUGCGCCUCAACAAGGAGUACGAACCAAUUCGGGCUAAUCUACUGAACCGAGAGCACCUCAAAACUGAAGGAGUCCUCGCCUCCUUGAUCCAAGAAGACACACGCCUUCGUACUCAGGCGGCUCGGGACGUGUCCCCGGGGACCGGUGAUGGGGGUGCUGUUUUUAGCACAACUCAGGCAGCAGUUGGCAGUGGGACAUCGCGCGGAGGCUCGCGAGGCUCGCGCGAGCAGGCUGACGAUCAUGACGAUGCGGCGUUUGCGGCGUAUCGAGCUCCCUUUCAGCGACGCGUUAAUGGUAAUGAUGUUGAAUGUUUUCAUUGCAAAGAAAAGGGGCACACUAAGAAAUAUUGCAGGAAGAGGAACUUUUGUGUGUAUUGCAAAAAGGCAGGACAUAUCAUCCCGGAUUGUCCAGCCCUAGAAGGAAGGAAUCGCGAGACUGAUGGUCGUGGAGGUGGGCGUAACGGUGGUUCUUCAUCCUCUGCCCGUCCCGCGUAUGCUACUAGUUCGGCGCCCGUUUCCGAGAAUAUGGUUGUCUCACCGGCAGCACUUGAACAGAUGGUGAACAAGGCAAUUUCGUCGGCUUUCGCUAGUCUUCAGAUGUCGGGUAAGGCUCCUUCCUGGAUACUUGAUUCCGCCUGUUUUAAUCAUAUGACUGGUAAUGAUACAAAUCUUGAACAUGUCCGCCCUAUUGAUGAUGUUUCUGUGCAAGUUGCUAAUGGUGAUAAAUUGCAUGCUACUGGUCUUGGAUCAAUACAUAGUUCGGACAUUGUUUUGCCCUCCACUUAUCAUGUGCCUAGUCUUGUUCCGAGUUUGGUUUCUGUUGGUCAGCUUACUGACCAAGGCUAUCGUGUUAUGUUUGCACCCUCUGGUUGUGUUAUCCAGGAUCAGAAGACAGGGAGGGAGAUCGGUCGGGGUAGCAAGCGGGGUCGGAUUUUUUUAUCUAGAGCAGCUGCGUCCAUCAUCAUCCUCCGGAUCCUUGGCUAUUGAGUCUUCUAGUUCCUCAUUUCCUGUUUUCUCGAGUCUUUCUGAUCAAAAGUUUCAAUCGUGGCAUGCUCGGUUAGGUCACCCAAAUUCAAGUCGUCUUAUGACUAUGUUCAAGCAACAGUUAUUUGGAAACACUGCUUCUGUUCCUUCUUCGGAUUUUGUUUGUACUAGUUGCAUUGAGGCAAAAACUACUCGUAUUUCAUUCCCUUCUAGUCUCACAGUGAUCACAGAACCUUUCCACUUGAUCCAUACUGAUCUCUAGGGACCUAGUCCCGCCACCUCACGCCUCGGUUUUAAAUACUUUGCAUGAUUCAUUGAUCAUGCAACUAGAUACACGUGGGUCUACUUUCUCCGGCUCAAAUCUGACCUUUUAACUGUUGCUACCGACUUCCUUGCCAUGAUUAAAACCCAGUUUGAUCG